AUAGAACAGAGUGGAAUAGGAUGGAAUGGAAUGGGCUGGGAUGGAAUGGGAUAGAAUGAAUGGGCUGGGGUGGAAUGGGCUGGGCUGGGCUGGGCUGGAACAGAAUAGAGUGGAAUGAGAUGGAAUGGAAUAGUAUGGGGUGGGAUGGGAUGGAAUGGGAUGGAAUAGAAUGAAUGGGCUGGGCUGGGCUGUUUGCACCGCAGCAGUCGCACGCGUUGGGGCUGGUGGGGCGCAGGCUGCAGCCGUGUAGGACGCGGCGGAAGAGUUGAAGGCAGCGCGGGUGGGGGGGGCUACGGCGGCGCCCGUGGGAGUUUCCUGCCGGUUCGGGCCAGGCAGACGCUCCCGCUGCAGAGGCGAGGUGCCGACCGCUCGGUGUCCCCGAAGCCCCUUCUCGCCCGCUAAGCGGCCCGCCCGAGCGCUGGGGCCUGGAGCGGUGGAUGUUUCCCCGCGGGCCGAGCGUGCCCGCUUGGGCGGGCGCGUUGUGCCCCCGUGCGGCAGGCGGCCAACGUGUGAUCCACGUGUUGUCCGUAGCGUGGGGCGGUGAUGCCAGCCGAGGGGAGGGGCUGGGCGGCGGCGGAAGUCGGCGGAGCGGCUGAAAGGACGGUGCCUGAGCGCCCCGGGGUCAUGGCAGAACAGGAGUUGCCAGGUCUUUUGAUUAUGGAUGUUGGAGGAACUCAUGGUGUGCAAGAAAGCCUUGCAGCGCUUCUGAAGAAACACUUUUGCGUUAUCACCAUGAAAGAACUUCUUGAAAACAAAAAAGAAAUGGGGAAAAAAAUCCAAUCCAUUUUUGUGUCUGAGUGCAGGCCAGCUAUCGACAAGGAGCUUCUAGAAAGCCUGCCUAAUUUAAAGGUCAUUGGAAACUCUGGUGUUGGAGUGGAUCACUUAAACUUGAAAAUGAUUUCUAACUUUGGUGUAAAAGUGACUAAUACCCCACACGCUGUUGCUGACUCAACAGCAGACAUGGGAAUGGCCCUAAUGCUGGCAUCUGCCAGAAGACUUGUGGAAGGCUCCCAGAUAGCAGUUUCUCCAGACACAAAGUAUUUUGCUGCUGACUGGCUGGGAGUUGAAGUUACCAGGGCGACUCUUGGGAUCAUUGGGAUGGGAAGAAUCGGGUAUAAAGUGGCUCAGAGAGCCAGAGCCUUUGAAAUGAAGAUCCUGUACCACAACAGGAACCGCAGGAGCAAGGAGGAGGAGCAGGCCGUUGGUGCCUGCUACAGUGAGAUGGAAGACUUGCUGCAGCAAUCUGACUUUGUUAUGCUGGUUGUGAACCUGACACCUGAGACUGAAAAGCUGAUUGGGAAAAAGGAGCUGGGGCUGAUGAAACACACAGCCACUCUUAUAAACAUCAGCCGAGGUGCAGUUAUUGAUCAAGAUGCACUGGUGGAAGCUCUCCAGAAUAAGACUAUUAAGGCUGCUGCUCUGGAUGUGACAUACCCUGAGCCUCUGCCAAGAAAUCAUCCUUUGUUGAAAUUAAAUAACGUCAUCAUAACCCCACAUAUUGGAACUGCAACAGUUCAAGCCACCCACAUGAUGGCAGAAGAAGCAAUAGCAAACAUGCUGUCUGUUCUCAAGUGUCAACCCAUUCCAAGUGAAGUGUUUCCCCAGUGAUGUGCACCAGACGACAGUGCUACAUCUCUGACCUAUGAGAAGGCACGAUUUCAUGCAGAACCACUCUUAGUUUUGAAAAGGAAAAACAAGCAGCCGUGUUCCUGCACAGCUCUUUUUGUCACUAUACUGCAAAGCUGUCGACUCACUCAGCUUACUCUGUACUGGCAUUUACAAAAUCAAAACAAUGAAGUGGAACAGAUAAAACCGUUCUGUUUGAAUA